AUGGGGGUUUUCGGACCUGCACGAAGCAUAUUUCCCCUGCUGCCACCUUACGGCGCUCAUGAUCCCAGCGGAGGCUCAGGUCGGAUUAUCCCACUCCACCCGGACGGCAUUACACCCUACCUGGGCCUGCGAGCCCGCCUGUCACAGUCAUGGCUCAACCGAUGGACUAUCCUACUGCUCUUGGUCUUGGUCAGAGUACUGUUGGCCGUUUCGAGCAUACAGAACGACAUGGCAAAAGCGAAGACGGAAGCGCUUUCAGCAUGUACAUCGGUGGAAACCAUGGGCAGCACGAUGGCCUCCAUGCCGCACUACUUGGCUCAGGGGGUCAACGAGCUGGCAGUGAAGACGGUCAAUGCCGCAAUCGACGGGCUGGAGAGCGUGUUGACCCUGUCGCUAACCGCUGUGGAAGAGCUGGUCAUCUUCUUCGUCAAAGUUAUGUAUCAAACCUACCUCUGCCUCUUCACGCUGGUCGUGCGAGGCGCAGUCGAGAUCGGAGUCAGCAUUCUGGAAGACGCUGCCGAUUUCCUAAACUCAACCAUCAAGACAGUCGGGGAAGAUAUUGGCAAGGCAGUCGACACGUUCGAGGAUACCUUGGACAGUUUCCUCAAGAAAGUCAACACCGUUCUCAGCGCCCUUGGUACGAGUGUCCCGACCCUGAACCUCACCAACUCCAUCAAUACCCUCGAGAACGCCCACCUCCCCUCCUCCAUCGACACCAGUCUCGAUAAAUUGAACAACUCCAUCCCCACUUUCGACGAAGUCAGCAACUUCACCGAGAACGUGCUUCGCCUACCGUUCGAGGAAGUUAAAAAACUGGUCAAUGGCUCGCUGGGGACAUACAGCUUCAACGCAUCGGCGCUGUCGGUGCCGGCCAAGCAGAAACUUACCUUCUGCGACUCGAACGACGGCAUCAACUCCUUCUUUGAAGGCGCCACCGAUGUCGCUCUCACGGCACGCAAAAUCUUUAUCGCUAUCCUGGUCAUCGCAGCCAUUCUGGCGUGCAUCCCGAUGGCAUGGCAGGAAAUUCGGCGCUGGCGCCACAUGAGGGAACGCUCGCAGCUGGUGCGCAAGGAGGCCCACGACCCGAUGGACGUGGUCUACAUCGUGUCACGGCCCUACACAGCCGCAGCCGGGAUCAAAGCCGCCAGCCGGUUCAGCAACAGCCGGGCUCAGAUCCUGGUGCGGUGGGCGAUUGCAUACGCGACGACGCCCGCAGCGCUGUUCGUGCUCUGCCUGGCCCUCGCCGGCCUCCUCUCCUGCCUGUGCCAAUACCUGCUCCUCUCCGCCGUGAAACGCACCGUGCCCGAGCUCUCCGAAGAGGUCGGCCAGUUCGCUGACAAGGUCGUCUACGCGCUGGCCAACAGCUCGGCGGAGUGGGCCAACAAUACCAACACGGCGAUCCUGCACGUCGACUCGCAGAUCAACGACAACGUCCUCGGCUGGGUCAACACCAGCACCACCGCCCUCAACGACACUCUCAACACCUUUGUCGACAAGACCAUCGAGGUCCUCAACGGCACGUUCGGCGAUACCAUCCUCUACAAUCCCCUCCUCGAGGUGUUCAACUGCCUCGUCGGCUUGAAGGUCGCCAGCGUCCAGAAGGGCCUUACCUGGGUCCACGACCACGCCCACGUCGACUUCCCCCUCUUCCCCAACGACACCUUCUCCCGCGGCGCCGCCGCCUCCCUGAACGAUACCGCCGGCGGCAGCAGCAGUGACGACAGCUUCCUCGCGGAGGCCGGCGACCAGACCUCCAACAAGAUCACCGAGGUGGUCAACCAGGUGAUUACCGCCCUUGAGAAAGGCAUCCGCCUGGAGACCAUCAUCGCCUCCUUCAUCCUGCUGGUCUGGGUCAUCAAUGCCCUGUGCGGGAUCACGCGGGCCUUGAUCCUCUUGGCCAAAAAGGACAAAACUCGCGGCGAGGGCGGCCCUGCGCCCGCGUCGUCCAGACCGAACCCUGCCUCGCCGAGUUCCGGUCUCGGUCCGAAUGCGGGCUUCAUCGAUGUCCCCUUGACGAGUAUGCCGAGGCAGCAGCAGCAGCAGCAUCGUACUACCACUUCUACUACUACUGCCACUACAAUUACACCGACCGAAGAGUUGGGCGUCUAUCCAGACGAAAAAGUCGGGUUCGCAGGACAGAGGAAUGCAUUACGUGUGGACGGGGUCUCGGACUUGAGAGGCAGUAGUUAUGUCGAGUAUGGAAUAGGGAAGCAUUGA